CUAGGAGGAUUUUCCUUCUAGUUGGUCAUUAUUUGUCGUUAGGGAUCCUUGAUACAGAUCGGGGAAUCAGUUACAUUCAUUGAUUAGUGAAUAAGGACAAUGUCGUAUAAUUAUUUUAUUACGUUCACCUGGCAUCACAUUCGUACCCCACGCACUAUGAAUGCCAUCGACCUAUUGGUCAAUGAUACGGAUUGCUUUAAUUUAUUCGGUAUUGGUUAUUAAAAGAUGAGUACAUUGGGAUACCAACUUCUGUUCAUGUGCUCCUGUGCUCGAUUCUGUACGCUCAAUCAGCUGAUUCCUCACAACGUUUACGGCCAGUCAGCUGAUCAGUCAUCAUGGACACAUGGACGGAUGAGGACUAUAUACCGGCGCCAAUCAAAUAUGAAUAUCUCGACCAUACAGCAGACGUUCAGAUCCACGCGUGGGGAGGAACGAUGCAAGAAGCCUUCGAACAAGCUGGAGUUGCAAUGUUUGGUUAUAUGACUGAGCUGGACUCAGUCGAAAUCCUCAUGACUCAUGACAUCGAAGCAGAAGGUGAUGACAUUCAGGCACUUCUCUACCAUUUCCUCGAUGAAUUGCUCUUCAUGUUCUCGGCAGAGCCUUUCUUAGUCGCUAAGAAAAUAAAAAUAACGGAAUUUGACCUAGAAAAUUUCAAACUCAAAGCAACGGCAUAUGGAGAAGAGUUUAUGCUUGGAAAACACCCCCAAGGAGCGGAAAUAAAGGCGAUAACGUAUUCGGCAAUGCAAGUUUUAGACCGACCAGAGGUCCCUCGUCCUGAAAUAUUUGUCAUCGUCGAUAUUUGAUCGGUAAUUUUCACUAGAUUAAUGUACACACAUCCAGCAUACGCUGAUGGCUCUUCUUCCAAUAUUUUUCGAGGGAAAGAGACCCUUAAGAAUGUUCCACAGCCAAAAGUCACAAUUUCUUAUUUUCCUACCAAAUUAUCAAUCGGAUUAACAUGAACAAUUCAUUAUGUAAUGAUUACUUAACGCCUUUCAUACGUUUUUUAGCUUUUUUAAUUUUUUCCAAACGUUUAAAAAAAAAACAGAAAAAUGUUCGCACCACUUUGAAACUUCGUGAGCGGUUAAAUAAUGACAAAACGCAGAAACGUUGGAUUUUUUCACGUUAAUCCCAUGGUAAAUUUGUCAAGAAACGACGAAAAGUUGAGUUUUGGCGGAAAUGUCGUAGAACAUCCUUAAAACAUCAGUAAGAGGGGUGGAAGACUCAGAACUUCACCGUUUAAACGCUUGAAGUUUCUUUUCAAAUAAAUACGUUAGGACGUCAACUAAACACCGGGCCCUACCUCUCCCUCUCCAGCCUAUUAUACAUUUAUCCCCUCUGCAAUAUCUCGAUAAUCCGGCCCACCAACUCCUCAGGGAUGUGACGACACACGACGUCACCCAAAAUAUAAAAAAAAAAAACAGGGGAGAUUGGGGCAGGACGAGUCUAAAUUCACAGUAUUAGGUUUAAAUUUUACAAAUUUUCUACCAUUUGUAGAGUAUUUUUCCACUCCAGUUCUAUUACACAAUGAACUGAUAUCGUGGACUAAAAAAAUAGGCCCAUCUGCCUCAUUCUCCCCUGGACCGUCCACAAGCUGUUGAUUGCCUAAUCCAUUUUUUCAAUGAAUUUGUCAUUCUAACAUUACAAUUGCUGGCAUUUAUUGUUCAUUCCUAUGUCAUUACCGUAAUUUACAUGACUAAUACCUGUACCAUUACUGGCAACCACCGAAAUACAAUUAGUGCCAAGGAAAUUAACAAACAAUUGUCCAGUUGCAAGUGGGAUUGUUAAUUAAAUUAUCUACUGUACCCCAGGAUUUAUUUGAAUCCUCCCAGUUGUGAAUAUUAAUUCCUGACCAGCUAUUUGUUGAUGAAAAUAAGUCCAAUAAAAUAAAGCGAUUGAUGAGAGUUGACA